GUAACGAAUAUGGCUGCUGCAGUCGGGAUGAAGACGUGGACCUGUCCGACCAGAGGACUUAACUGUCCGUGGAUGGUGUUUUCUGUAAUUAUACUCAACAUUAUCAAUGGAGCAGUUGCAGCGCCAGAGACAGGGCUUUGGAAAAUAACUGUUGUUAAUACCUCAAGAGCAUUGCUGUUAAGGAAGUCAAUGUAUAAAGACACUGAUGUUGAACUAAAAGUCGGGCCAUUUGACUGUCCUGAGGAGGUGAACGUCACUAUUCACUGGCUUUUGAAAUACUACCCCUGUCACAACGAAUACAACAAUAUUGAAGAGAUGUAUAAGAUGACACAUCUGAUUCAUGGGAAGAGUCUGGAUCCAAACCCAAUGGUACCAGGGGAGCACAUCGAACACAAACACGGUCCCAUUGUAUGUAAAAAUGGGCUGCACUCCUUCCCGAUGCUCAAAAAAGCAAAGGCAGAUCCACAUGUGUCCUCUGCGUUUGAAGAUAAAAAUGACACAAAAUGGAUUGCCGAGGAGUAUGACACCAGCAGUGCUACGAAGAACAGCAGUGUGAAAAUCAGAGACCACGUCAUAGCCACCACUUGGAAGGAUGGCCCUUACCUGCUAGUCGUUAAGAUUGAGUCUAGUAAACCAGAAGCCAACUGGAAUUUAACAGUUAAUGUGGUAAUGAAGGGCAGCCACGGCUACAUUUCUGUCACAGAAUGGCCUCUCAUGAUUUUCUACAUGGUGAUGUGCGUUGUGUACAUCCUGUACGCCCUGUUGUGGUUUCUCUGGGCGGCCUGCUAUUGGAAAGAUCUCCUGAGGAUCCAGUUUUGGAUAGCAGGGGUCAUAUUCCUCGGCAUGGUGGAGAAGGCCGUCUUCUGCGCCGAAUACGAAAACACCAAUACUGUCGGCUCCGCCUCUCCAGGUUUGCUGAUCUUUGCUGAGUUGGUCUCUGCCCUCAAGAGGACUCUGGCUCGUUUACUCGUCAUUAUCGUCAGCCUUGGCUAUGGCAUCGUGAAACCUCGAUUGGGGACAGUGAUGCACAGAGUAGUUGGGCUUGGCAUCCUCUACUUGGCCUUUGCUAGCAUUGAGGGUGUCCUGAGGAUUACAGGGGCAAAAGACUCUGACUUGGCUCUGCUGGCCAACAUUCCCCUGACUCUGCUUGACUCUUCUUUAUGCUGGUGGAUUUUCGUCAGCUUGGCACAAACCAUCAAGACUCUGAAACUGAGGAGAAACCCCGUCAAGCUGUCACUCUACAGGCACUUUACAAACACAUUAAUAUUUGCUGUCAUUGCUUCCAUCAUUUUCAUGGGUUGGACGGCAAAAAAAUUUCGAUUAGCAGAAUGCCAGUCUGAUUGGAUUGAGUUGUGGGUAGAAGAUGCUUUCUGGAGGUUCCUGUUCUCUGUCAUUCUGCUCGUCAUAAUGUUCUUAUGGAGACCGUCUGCAAACAACCAAAGGUACGCUUUCACACCUCUCAUAGAUGACUCUGAUGAUGAGGAGAUUGAGGAGUUUAUCGCAUCUACAAACCUCGCUGAUGGUAUAAAGUUCAGAGCGACUAAAAAUGAGACAAAUGGUACAGUGAAGCCUGCAGAAACAAACCCAGAUGAAGACUUGAAAUGGGUCGAGGAUAAUAUUCCUACCUCUCUAACUGAUGUAGCUCUACCGAUCCUGCUCGACUCAGAUGAGGAAAUCAUGACAACCAAGUAUGAAAUGUCAAAGCUGGAAUGAGGCACAGUGUUUCCAACCAUCUGCUGACAAGGAAGGAAAACGGCAGCUGUACCUGACUGUGUAACAGGGUUUUACAACGUUUGGAUGGUGGUGGAGUGCCAUUUUCAGGGGAUCCUCCUGAAUGGCUGCUACCUCACAAGGUGGUGCAAGCCACAGUUUUAGGGGGACCUUUGCUGAUUCCUGUCAACUUCUUAAGGACUCUACCAGAGGAAAACCUACGUUUUUUGACUGAACACCCGGCUCACCAUUUCCCUCAUAUAAUCACUUUUUCCAAAGAGAACAGUUUCAUGUUUUUCCUCCAGAGCUGUAUUUAUUUUUGCUAUGUUUAAACACAUUUGUUUUACCAAUGGGCCUCAUACAUUAACAUACUCGCAAAUAUAUGUUAAGUCUUCCUGAGAACAUCUAGUGUAUUAUUAGUGAGGUUUAAGAAGUCAGAUAAUUACAUUUUAAAGAAAAGGCACAAAGCUUUUUUCAACAAUUAACUGAGAAGGAAAUACGUGAGCUAUUAUAAGCCAGAAGCAAGAAAAUAUAUUGGGUAAGUGGAUUAUUUAAAGUUAAAGAUAAAGAUUAAAUAAAUUUGUUCAUAUGCACUUUUUAAGAUCAAUACCGUGCCUACAUGUGGUUCUUGUAUGAGGCCCUAGUAGCUUCCGUUAAUUGAGAACAGUAUGUGUGAAAACUGUUGAUGUCUUAAACUGAAGCUAGCAGACAUACCAAGUCCUUAUGAAUGAAUGUGAGAGAUGACGCACAAGCAAGUCCUUUGAAUAAUUUGAGUUAGUUGUGAGUCAUGACAAUAGUGGGAAAUUAGGGUUUAGUGUCAUAUUUUGAUUCUACUGUACAGGUGUGGGUGGGCAGGUUCUAUCUUUUGAAUGGGAAGCAGUAUGCUGCGUGUAUGCUUCUAUGGAACUAAGUGAUUUAAUUAUUUAUUUGUGUUUCAAGUGGACUUAUAUGUUGUUAUAGUGUUUGUCCUGAAAUCCUUCAUGUUUACAAUGUGUGCUUCCAUCCCCCCCCCCCCCCCCCCCUUUUUUUUUCUUUGUUUGGGUUAUUUGGAUCUUGCACUAUCUUAAUGUUUGCCUUCUUUGCCGAUAAAAUCAUCUUAUUGGCUUCACAGACACCUUAAUAACAUUUGUGUUCUUUUAUGUUUCGGUCUUAAUAUAUUGAUGUACUAUAUAUUUUUUGAAAAUGCCUGGCCUGAUUUUGGCAGCGUCAUUUUGAAGUUGGAACACUGUCGUCUUAGUGUGUGCGUGCUGUGUCAAGUAGAUGUAACAGCAGGAUUUGUAUUUUUGUCUUUCUAGGCCAUCCCCAUUAUAACACAGCAGCUGAAUUAUGCACACACUGAUCACCUCAUUGGAUUUAUAUUGUCACCGUUCCUUUUUUUGUCCCUUUUGUAUUGCCUGUAAACCUGGAAUAAUUGUGCUUAUGAUGGCAAGCAAGCCUUCGGUUAUAUAAACCUGCAGACACCUGCAGUGGACCUUUGAUUAUUUGUACAGAUGGCUUUUGGCUUAUUCCUGUUAUUUCAUAAUUCCACAGGUGGGGAGAUGUCUGGAUAAUAUGCCUCGCUUUUUUUUUUUUUCUUCUUUUUUUUUCUUUUAAUGGGUAUCAAGUAGAACUGAGCUUGAACUCUUCAAACCAGAGGUUUUCUUCUCACUUACUUUCCAAGAAGUAAGUACACUUGGAUCAAAUCAGAUUUAAAUUUGGGAUAUUGUUUUCUGAUCUAUGACUUUCAGUGUUAGUUUGGCAAUUAAAGGAUUCAAUUUUACAAUGUUUGUGACUUUGUUGCAUCAUAUAAAAUGUUUUUUCUAGGCUGUU